GCGGCGGCGGCGGCGGGGGAGGGGGAGGGUGCGGGUGCGCGCCGCCGAGCAUGGGGCCGCGGCGGAGGUGAGGGGCGCCGCUCGCCUCAGCUCUCGCCAUGACCUGCACCAUCGAGAAGAUUCUUACGGACGCGAAAACGCUGCUGGAGCGGCUGAAGGAACAUGACACCGCGGCCGAGUCGCUCAUCGACCAGUCCGCCGUCCUGCACCAGCGCGUCGCCGCCAUGAGAGAGGCGGGCGCGGCGUGGGCCGAGAAGGUGAGAGCGGGUGGCGGCGCGGGGCGAGCGAGCAGGCGUGCGGCGGCCAGACUGACAGCUGCGUCUCCGCAGGGCCAGGGCCAGGGCCAGGGCACCGUGGCGGAGCGGACCGACCCGUCCCGGCUGCGGCCGCCCGUGCUCCUGUCCCAGGAGAACACCCAGAUCCGCGACCUGCAGCAGGAGAACAGGGAGCUGUGGAUCUCACUGGAGGAGCACCAGGAUGCGUUGGAACUUAUCAUGAGCAAAUACAGAAAGCAGAUGUUACAGCUUUUGCAAGGGAGAAAAGGUGAAGAUGCGGAACCAGUCUUGAAAAUUCAUCAGGCUAAUUCUUUGGAAAUUGAAAGUCAAAUAGACAGAAUAUGUGAGAUGGGAGAGGUGAUGAGGAAAGCUGUUCAAGUUGAUGAUGACCAGUUUUUUAAAGUUCAGGAGAAACUAGCUCAGUUGGAGCUUGAAAACAAAGAGCUGCGUGAACUGUUGUCAAUCAGCAAAGAGGCUUUUGAGGUGGGGAGAGAAGAUCUGCCUGACUGUGAAGCUUAGCUCACAAAAUAACCUUAUCUCCAAAUCUUGACUUCAGAGACUAUUAUGAAACUACCCUCCCAGGAUGGGUUCUGUUUUGUUCUUUGAGGUGUUUCCUUGUAUGUUAAUCUUUCUGUGGGCUGUUUUCUCUGUGUUUUUCUGAAGUUGCAUACUGUUGAUGGCAAAGGCUUUGCAUUGCUGCUCUGUCUCAGUAACUGGCAGUGUGUACCUAUGCUUAACAAUGAAGUAUUUGAUGUGUACUCUCUUGUAAUAGUUUAUUUCCUCUCCCAUUUCUGGGUUUUGUUUAUGAGCUUUAGUUAGUAAUUCCAGCUGUGCAUCAGCACAAUCUGCCUUGUUAUUAGCUAAGGAACAUGAUACAGAUUGUGAUUGUUUUAUUUGGUAGAACAAUCAAGAGAUUAUUCAAAAACUACCUUGUAAGUGGUAAGUACACAUUUUGUUCUGCCUGCACAAGGAGGGCACACACAGCGUUUGAUUUCUUCUGAAGAGUUGUUUGGCAGGUUUAGCAUUGUUACUUGGACAGUUGCUUUGGAUGAGAGAAUAGCAGAUAGCCAGAAGAGCACUCCAAGUAGUAAGACAUGGAGCAUACUUCACCUUGAUUUAGGAGUGGAAAUCAGAGUGGAUCACCCUUUCUGGCACCUGGGUGUUUUUGAAGGACACUGCCUAUAGAAUCUUAGAAUGGUUUAGGUUGGAAGGGACCUCAAGGAUCAUCCAGUUGCAACCCCCUGGAUAGGCAGGGACAUCUCCCACUAGAACAGGUUGCUCAAGGCCUCAUCCAGCCUGGCCUUGAACACCUCCAGGAAGGAAGUAUCCACAUACCUGACUAACUCUUUUCUAUGGUAGAGCUCUUCAGCUUUACUAGUGCUCCAAGGUUUGUGGAUGCUGUCUAGCACUGAUCUGAAGGCAGUGCACCCAAACCCUGCACAGAACACAGUGCCUUCAGAUUAGAGGUCUUUGACCUCCUACCAGUUUGGACUUCAGGAGGUGAGGUCUUGCCUCAAAACUAAACCAAAACCAACCAUGCAGACAGGUUUUUAGUAUUACAUCACAGGCAAUCUUAGUGAUAGAUGUUAGGUAGUUGUUAUUAUUAUUGCAGAAUCCUGUAUUGAGUGAAAUUAGAGUUGCAAAGCUUAGUAAUUUAGUGAUAUUGUGAUAUUUUUAAUGACCUUUUUGUAUUAAAAAAUUGUGCGCUUCUGACCUGUGAUCAAAGAAAAAUCCUCCCAAGAACAGUAACCAUCUUAUUGCCAAUAUUAAAGUUUUAUGCCUUUUUUUCCCCAAGUGACAGUUCUGAUAGAUACAGAAGAUGGUUUACAUUCCUGUGCUUACUGAAAGCCAUUUUCAUGCAACUGUUUGGAAUAUCCAUCAAGAUUGUGUGGUCAAUGUAAGGGAUUUCUGUACAGGAGCAUUCUUACAUUUGAUUUUCUACUAGAAAUUGUCUAAGAGGGAAUAAACCAACCCCAGAGGGCA